CCCUUCACUUUUCUGCAUGAUGGACAAGGCAGCUAGAAAGUUCUUGAAAUGAAAUGACUCUUUCGCCUUAUGUCCUUGUCACCUUCGCUGGUGAUGCGCAUUGUUCCUGAUGAAGGGGAAGCUGUAGACUGGACAGCUAAUCACAAUAUUAUUUUUCGAGAUGUGUUGGAGGCGAUAUCUCAGGUGAUGCCUCAUGCUACAGCCACUGCAUUUGAAUAUGAAGAUGAAGAAGGAGAUAGAAUCACUGUUAGGGGUGAUGAAGAACUUCAGGCCAUGAUCAAUGGGCACAUGUGGAUGAACUGUGAAAGGCAGAGAAGAGGAGUACCACUGGAGCCAUUAAUGGUUUAUCCAAAAGCUUGUAGAACUUCAAGAAGGAGGAAUUUUUGUGGACUGACUGUUAACACAAAGGCAGCUCCAGUAAACAAUGCCAUGCCAACUAAUGCUAGUCUCCCUUCAGAAAGCUCACACAAACCAGAGAGGGGGGACAUAAGGAUUAUCUUAGCAAAUGGUCAGGUAUCUCACACUGACAUACAGCAUCUAGACAUUUUGGGCCAUGGAAAUGGAGGAACAGUUUAUAGGGCAUUACACACAAGCACAAGCAGAAUUAUUGCAGUUAAGGUGAUUCCUUUAGAUGUAACUCCUGAUGUACAGAAACAGAUCAUUUCUGAAUUGGAAAUACUUUUUCAGUGCUCUUCACCAUUCAUUAUUGAAUUCUAUGGAGCAUUUUUUGUUGAAAAUAGGAUAUCAAUUUGUACAGAAUAUAUGGAUGGCGGUUCUCUUGACCAGUAUGGCUGGAUUCCUGAACCAGUUCUGGGAAGAAUUGCAGUUUCAGUGGUCAAAGGACUCCUUUAUUUGUGGGAGCUAAAAAUUAUGCACAGAGAUGUGAAACCCUCUAAUAUUUUGGUGAGCACAAGAGGUCAAGUGAAAUUAUGUGACUUUGGUGUCAGUCGACAGCUGGUCAAUUCAAUUGCAACAACUUAUGUUGGAACUCAUGCUUACAUGGCGCCCGAACGCAUACAAGGAGAUGAAUACAGCAUUCGAUCGGAGCUCUGGAGUCUUGGCGUGUCUCUUCUUGAGAUGGCUUUGGGAAGGUUUCCUUACCCAACGGAGAGUCAUGGAGGCGCCGAAACGUUUCUGCCAAUAGCGUUACUUCAAUGCAUCGUUCACGAGAACCCGCCACGGCUACCUGAGGAUAAAUUCUCACCAGCUUUUGUGGAUUUCGUGUCUCAAUGCAUGCAGAAAAAUCCCAUAUCGAGAUUGACUCCAGAAGCGGUUUUGGCUCAUCCUUUCAUUGCAUCAAAUGAUGAUGGUAAUGUGGAUAUGAUAUCUAUGUGGGUUUGUCGCCAGCUGGAACAGAGACGGUCAUGCGCACAGAGUAUGGACUCACCUAAUUCCGAAUCAUCCUGAUUACAUCCACACCACUUGGCUUUAUGUAUAAAAAUAUACAUUAUUUUCUAGUUUAUUUUCUAAGGAAAUACGUUUUGAAAAAACGAUAAAUCUUUGGUUACCACGAUUAGGAACUGCUUUGUCGCACCGAGACUCCAACGCAAGAAACACGUUGCCAAUGGUUCCCAGACGAAAGCGGCCAUGAUCAGUGAUCGUGUUUUUUGGUUCUGUUCAUCACUAUUUUUGGUGCAGUUCUUCACUGUUUACUCUCGUCUUCGUCUUGUAAAUAGUCAAUUAUGAAGAUAAGGGAAGCCGUCAAAGUGUACAAAGAAUAACUUUUAUUCGGCAGAUAAAUGAGCUCUUAAACCAGUCUGUGUGCGAACAGUGUUCAUGAAGUGGAGCUCUCAAAAACUAGUACGUUUUGAAGAACCAAUAAUGCCCGUUUACGCUGUUAAUUGUUAUUUUGACAGUGAAAUCAAUUUUACUUUAAAAUUUGAUUUUCUCCAGACUAAGAGUGGUAUGAAUGAUUAGCUUUUAGACGAAAUUUGAAGUUAUCCUUACAAUUAAAGAAUGCGUAGAACAGUACGUGUAGGUGAAUCAUAUUAAGAGGAGAUGACUGGGGU